CAUACAUACAUACAUACAUACAUACAUACAUACAUACAUACAUACAUACAUACAUACAUAAAAUACUUUAAGAAAUAAUGAAGAUGGAACAGAACAAAACUAGUAAUCCUUGCAAUAAGAAUGCAUGGCAUCCAAAGACAGUUCACAUUGCUCAAGUGCCACAGAGUUGGUGCCAUAAGUCCGAUUUUAAAAGACUCUGAGAGAAGCAGAUGAUCAGAUCUCUGUAGGGAUCUGACGGGAUCUGAACAGAUGGAUUCAUAAAUCCCUGAGAUGAACUAGCUUCUAUGAAUAAACUAGAAGCUCAUUUAUACACUCUAGGAACUACAAAUUCCUAGAGUUCCUGCAGUCCAUAAAUGAAGCACUCCUACGUGCCAAUGCAAAAAGGCCUCGAUAGGAACAUAAAUGAAAUAUCAUGCAUCCAUCCAUUGUCUGCCGCUUAUCUGGGGUCUGGUCGCGGGGGUAGCAGCUUCAGAAGGGAGGCCCAGACUUCCCUCUUCCCAGCCACUUGUUCCAGCUCCUCUGGGGGAAUCCCGAGGCGUUCCCAGGCCAGCCGAGAGACAUAGUCCCUCCAGCGUGUCCUGUGUCUUCCCCGGGGCCUCCUCCCGGUGGGACGUGCCCAGAACACCUCACCAGGGAGGCGUCCAGGAGGCAUCCUGACCAGAUUCUGUCAUGUUCCGUGUUUUUCUGUUGUGUUUAUUUGAGUUUUCUGUGUCCCGAGUCUCCUCGUUGUCCUGUCUUCCCCCUUGAUUGUUCCCAGGUGUGUCUUGUUCCCCUGAUUACCCUCAGUCUAUUUAGUCCCUCCUGUGUCCUAUGUCCCUCGUCGGGUCCUUGUCAGAUUGUCGUUGUCGUACGUUGUCUUGUCUUUUGAGCCGCCUGUGAAUCCAGUUGCUACCGGUGUUGAGCCCUGGCUUCCGCUCAGCCGUGCUGCCUGGCCGUGGACUGUUUGAUUUUGUUUUCUGGACUAUUUUGUCAUUAAAUAUCUCACUAUUCACAUUACCUGGGUCUCUAGCGCUUGCCUCACCGCCUCACCACACCACCACUCCAUGACAGAAGGACCUGAGCACAAGUAAGGUGAGGACGCCGAUUACAUCAUGGACCCAAGGGAGUUUUGGGAUACGCUGGAGGACUACCUGGCGGAGGUAGAAAGCCCAUAUUCGGUGACCAGGCGUUUGGGCAUGGCCACUCGCAUGUCCAUAACGCUGGACACAUGGAUUCUGCGACUUCCGGGCCUGGGGCUGGAGGAGUUACAACAAGAGGUAGAAUGGCAAUUCCAGACGGCAGCCGCCGUGCUGAGGGGCGGCCCUCUACCUCCCAAGCCGGACUUUCGCUCCGCCAGCUCAACCCAGGCUCCAGCCCCUGCUCCUUGUGCCGCUCCGCCGGCAUCUGCUCCUCGUGCCGCUCCUCGUGCCGCUACUCGUGCCGCUCCUCGUGCCGCUCUGCCGGCUUCAGUUCCGCCAGCUGCUGUUCCUGCCGUUCCUUCUCCGCCGGCUGCUGUUCCUGCUCCGCCGGUUGCUGUUCCUGCACCGCUGGCUGCUGUUCCUGCUACGCCGGCUGCUGUUCCUGCUACGCCGGCUUCUGUUCCUGCUAUGUCGGCCUCCAUGGCUCCUGUUCCCUGUGCUCCGCCGGAUUCCGCUCCGGCCUCCGUGGCUCCUGUUCCCUGUGCUCUGCCAGAUUCCGCUCCGCCCUCCGUGGCUCCUGUUUCCUGUGCUCCGCCGGACUCCGUUCUGGCCUCCGUCGAGCCAGCUCCUCGUGCUCCACCGGACUCUGUUCCGGCCCGACUGGACCUUCUCGUUGUGCUCUGCCGGACCCCGUUCCGGUCUCCAAGGCUCCAGCAGCUCCAGCUCCUCCGGCUCUCCAGCCGGCUCCAGCGUCUGCUUCUCCGGCUCUCCAGCCGGCUCCAGCGUCUGCUCCUCCGGCUCUCCAGCCGGCUCCAGCGUCUGCUCCGCCGGCUCUCCAGCCGGCUCCAGCGUCUGCUCCGCCGGCUCUCCAGCCGGCCUCCGCGACUGUUCCCCCAGCUCCUCAACUGGCCUCCGUGUCUGCUCCGCCGGCCAUCCAGUCGGUCUCCACCGUCCCUGCUCUGCCGGCUCUCCAGCCGGCCUCUGCUCCUGUUCCGCCGGCUCUCCAACCAGCCUGUGCUCCUCGAGCUCCACCGGCCCUUCCGCCGGUAUCGGAACCUGUUCCACCGGACAUGGCUUUGGCCACCCUGCCUCAUAGCAUUCCUUUUGUGUUUCCUUGUGUGUCUCUUGUACCUCUUAGCAUUCCUUCCGAGUUUUCCUGUAUUCUUCCCGAGUGUCCUAGAAUUUCCCUGUGUUUUUUCCGCGUGUCCCAGUGUCUCUUUAGAUUCUCCUCGUGUCUCUCCCGAGCUCCCUAGUGUCCCACCCGGUUUUCCUAGAAUUCAUCCCAAGUCUCUUAGUGUUUCUCCCGAGUCUCCUUGUGUUUCCCCUGAGUUCCUUAGAGUCCCUCCUGGUUUUCUUAGACUUAGUUCCAAGUUCCCCAGUGCUCCUCCCAUGUCUCUCAGUGUUCCUCCCGUGUCUCCCAGUGCUUCCUCUCUUAGUGUCCCUUCCGGGUCUCCUAGCAUUCCUCCUGAGUCUCCUUGGGCUUCCUCUGAGUUCCCUGGUGUUCCCUUUAAGUCUCCUAGUGUUUCUUCAGUGUCUCUUAGUGUUUCCCCUGAGUGUCAUAGUGUUUCCCUCGAGUUCCCUAGUGUCCCCUCCUCGUCUCCUAGUGUCCACUCCUCGUCUCCUAGUGUCCACUCCUCGUCUCCUAGUGUCCCCUCCGAGUUUCCUCGUGUCCCCUCCAAGUUUCCUAGUGUCCCCUCCGAGUUUCCUAGUGUCCCCUCCGCGUCUCCUAGUUUUCUCUCCGCAUCUCCUAGUUUCCUCUCCACGUCCCAACAGUUCCUCCGUCGUCCCCAACAGUUCCUCCGUCGCCCCUUAGUUCUCCUCGAGCUCUUCCGUCAUCCCUUAAAGCUCCUCCGUCAUCCCUUAAAGCUCCUCCGUCAUCCCUUAUAGCUCCUCCGUCAUCCCUUAAGGCUCCUCCAUCUCCUAGUGUUGCUCCGUCGUCUUCUAAAGCUCCUCCGUCGUCUUCUAAAGCUCCUCCGUCGUCCUAAAGCUCCUCCGUCGUCCCCUAAAGC